AUGCCUCCCUACGAACGCUAUACCUUCAACUCGGAACAGCUGGACCAAUACUUCGACCGCAUCGCCUUUCCAACAACCCAACGCGACAAAGAUGUUUCAGCACUCGAUGCCGAAAGCCAGCUCUCCUACCUGGCGAAGCUCCAGAAACACCAAAUCACACGGGUACCGUUCGAGAACUUGACCCAACACUAUUCCUGGCAUCGUGUGAUCAACCUCCAUCCUCUCCAUCUCCACCGUAAAAUCAUGACCCAACCCGGACGUGGAGGCUACUGCAUGGAAGCCAACUCGACGUUUCACAAUUUCCUGCGAUCGAUUGGGUUCCACUGCUACCUCGUCGCUGGUCGAGUCCAUGUACCUACAGAGGAGAGGUGGACGGGUUGGUCUCAUCUUGUUAAUAUCGUCGUCAUAGGCGGGACGAAGUACCUCGUCGACGUUGGAUUUGGGCCCAAUGAGCCGACUAUUCCUAUACCACUCAGCCAUGGCGAGGUACGACCGCAGGAGCCUCCGGCGGAGUCGAGAGUCAUGUUCGAGACGCUGGAGGAGAAUACUAGUGGAUGCAAGUUAUGGCUUAUGCGGCACAGGGCGAGGCCGGAAGAGGAGUGGAAGACGAUGUAUUGUUUCUCUGAUGUAGAAAUCUUGCCUGGGGAUCUGGAGGGAUUGAACUUUGCGCCAUGGGCCAGCAGGACGUCCCACUUUACGCAGAAGAUUAUAUGUGUGCGGUUUACGACCGCGAAGGAGAGUAUGGAGGAUAUCGAUGGGCUGCCGAGCUCUGAGACGGUGGAGGGCGGUGAUGUCGAUGGCCAGCUGGUGAUUAAUCAGGACAAGCUGAGCUGGCGGCGGAGAGGAGACAGUGUACUUGAAGUUGAGUUGAAGUCGGAAGACGAUCGACUGGAAGCGCUGAAGAAGUAUUGGGGUAUUGUGUUAGAUGUGGAAGAUCAGAUGGCGAUUGUUGGGACUGUAUCCGCUCUUGGACAGUAG